UGCAGCUGUUUACGACAGUGUUUUACGACACUGCACACGGUUCCUCAUCACCCUGGAAGAAGAUGGCCUCGUCGUUUUGGAAAGGUGUUGUCGGCGUCGGACUUUUUGCCUUAGCUCACGCAGCUUUCUCAGCAGCACAGCAUCGCGCAUACAUGCGACUCACAGAGAAGGAGAACGAGACACUACCUAUUGAUAUUGUACUACAGACCCUGUUGUCCUUUGUGAUGACCUGUUACGGUAUCGCUCACAUCGCUGGAGAGUUCAAAGACAUGGACGCCUCCUCAGAGCUCAAGAACAAAACAUUCGAUACGCUGAGGAACCACCCGUCCUUUUACCUUUUCAAUCACCGGGGCCGGGUGCUAUUCCGCUCGCCGGAGGAGGAGCCGUCUUCCGUACGCAAUCAGCAAGGUCUUCCCGACCCCAUUCGGCUACGCAAGCUGGAGCAUUUGCACUGAGACUUCCACACCUGUAACGACAUCAACGUCAGAUAACAUUUGUUUUUGCUAGACCGAGGAGGCAAAGCCAGAAUUCACCUUCCUCUACUUUAAUUUGUAUUUGUACAUAAACUAAUAUGCUCUUCCAACAUGCUUCUCUUUCCAUAAAAAGUGGUCACCGCAAUAUUCAACAGUGACUGUGCCAACCCUUCAAUUUUUCAAGCGGAUGUGUUUGUAUAUACAGUAUGUUAUCGCUUUGGAGUCUUAAGAUACAGAGACGUCGGCCCUUUUUGUCCCUUCUGAACUGAAUUGGGAUAACGCUGUCCUUUGUACAUCCUUUGUAUGAGGGCUUGAAAACGCCUCUUUCGUUACUGUUUUAUUUCAGUCACAUCAGUCCUUGGCAACUGUCAUCAUUUUGUGAACGGAAAUGAGUUUUGUCGUAUGAACUGAGGAUCCUUGACUUCCUAGAAGCAUGAAGGCUCAUCUGUGACCCCUGUGUGCAUUAAAGCGGUUUGUUCCCGGCUACGGGAAGUCACUGAAGGUGAGGUGUGAGAGCGGGAAACGUUUCACGGAUACUGUGAACAUUAACACAAACUAGAAAGUUAUGGUACAAUAAUUUGGUUAAGUUCGUUUUUCCUUCAUUUUACAUUUUAAGAUUCAACAGAUGUUUUUAAUUUAAUAAAAGGCUUACUGAUUUUA